AUGAUACUUACUGAUACUGGGCUCGAUCGAGAUAAAGAAACUGGUGCUGGAUUCGAAGCAGUUGAUUUUCCAGUUGAAGUAUCAGACCCGCUCGAUGGACCGGAUGAUGCUGGCAACGGAGGAACUGGGCGACCAGCAGAUGGUGAUGGAGCACUCUCAGACAAGCCCUCGGAAAAGGUAGGAAUGGGACUGGACGAAAAGGCAGCCGAGCUCGUCACAUCGCCAGUGGGUGAAGGCGAAGUCUGGUCAAUCACUCCGCUCGAAGCCGAGCUUGCUGGUAGACUGGAGAUGACAGUGCUUGAUGUCGAGCUCGUUGGCUCUGGAACGGAUACGGUCAGACUUAUCGUGCUGCUCAGGACGGAAAGGCUGGUGGACUCCGAAAUAGAUGCAGCUCCACCAGAUGAGGCGGACACCGUCCUGCCGCUCGAAGCCGGCAGGCUUGAAACAAAAGUGCUCGAGACUGAGCUUUUAGGUGAUGUGAUCGAGACACCCGUGCUUUGUCUUGUGCUUAGACUUGGAGAGAUCACCGAAUCUGAGAUUGGAACACUCUGCGGCGGGGAGGUGGACGUUGUCUCAGCGGCCGAAGACGUAGACAAAGUGUUACUCGUCAAAUUUGUAGGGGUUGACUCGACGGCUGAGCUGGGGACGCUACUGGCCAAUCCCGAGAACACUGUGGUUAUCCCGCUGAAUGUUGCACUCGCGCUUGAAGGUGGUAGCGGCGCAGACACGUCGUUCGAACUUGAAGAGGAUUCUGUGCUUGGAAACGGUGGGCCUGGGGCAGCGGAACCCGAAAGUGGACUGGUUGGAGAUGACAACUCCGUGUAUGGCCCUGUGGUUGACGAUGUUUCGGCCGACGAUGAACUGCCAAUCAGUGUGGUGCCUCUACUUGAUAGUCCAGAGGGAACAGAACUGGCUAUAAGUGAGCUUGCUUCGGCGGAUGAAGUAAGCGGUAUGUUACCUGGGCUUGAUGAGCCAGAGGAGACAGGCCCAGCUGUAAUUGAGCUUGGCUCGGCGGAGGAAGAAUCCAACAAAGUUGUAGAUGAUCCGAGGCUUGAUGCGACAGGCGGGAGAGUGGCAAUUGAGCUGCUGCUGGUCAUGAAAGUGGUUCCGUGCGAGGUUCCAGAGGCUGAUGAGUCCAAACCGCUGCUUAAUACAGUUGACAAGGAGCUUUCGAGCCCAAUUGAGAGACUCGUGUAUGUGCUUGACACCGCAGAAGAUGAAGUGACUGUCCAGGUCUCGACCUCGGUCGUAGUAAGGUCCGUGAUUUGGGAGGUCGAGUAA